ACCGAUGUACUUAGCAUUGACGUUUGUGUUAGCACUAGAUAUAUUGCUCGAACGAAUUCUUCAGAAAAUAUUCAAAUACCACAAGUUCGUUCCUAUUCUGUAAAACUGAUCAUAUUCUUUCCGUGUAAACUCAGGGAUUUUCUAAACUUUAUAAUUUUCAGGUUCAUUCAGGAUUUCGAACCAGUGAAAUUGCUUGGGCAUGGGGGAUUUGGUGUAGUGUUUGAAGCAAGAAAUCGUCUCGAUGAAUGCCCGUAUGCUGUUAAGCGAAUUGCCGUAGCGAAUAGUGAACGUGCCAUCCAAUUGGUUUUGCGUGAGGUGCGAGCAAUGGCCAAACUCGACCAUCCAGGAAUAAUCCGGUACUACCAUACAUGGAUUGAAAGGCCUCCUCGUGGAUGGCAGGUAAAAAUUGAGGAUUUACAAGAAAUGGCGUUUAUUUGUGUGCUAACGAAUAAAAUGAAAGUAUGGAUGGUACAGAUGUGUAGUGCGGUUAGUUAUAUUCAUCGACAGGGACUUAUACAUCGUGACAUUAAACCGCAAAACAUUUUCUUCGCAUCUGACCAUGCACUGAAAGUCGGAGAUUUGGGUUUAGUAACGAGAUAUAUACCUACCGAAGAUCCACCAGCCGAGAAAAGUUCAUCUGGAUUUAUGGUUCAUACCGACAAUGUUGGUACGAGAGGAUAUAUGAGUCCAGAGCAGGUUUGUCGAUUUUGGUUUGAACUUGAGAGCAAGCCGUAUACUUUCAAAGUGGAUGUAUUUUCUCUUGGUCUUAUUUUCUGUGAGCUUGUGAUACCGUUUCAAACACUAAUGGAGCGGUGCGCUACUCUUCGCAGUCUACAGCAAGGAAAGAUUCCAGACGCUCUUAAUUUAAUGCCUAGUGAGGUAGGGAUUGUGGAACCAGAAUGCCGGCCAACUUGUGACGAAAUUUUGGACUCGGACUACUUAACUCAAGUGGAAAGCCAAACAGUGGACGGUAACCGUGCAAAUGUCACGAGUCGUCGCAGUAAAAGCCGGACAACUUCUUCGAAUAUUUCUUUUUCAUUAGAUUCGCAAUUCAGUGUAAUUGUACAUAUAUUGUUUUACAGAAUAUAUUGGGAACAAUGCCUGGGUUACUAA